UCACCAAUGGUUGGACUGUCUCACCCUGGCUGGCUCAGGGUGUGUGCGUGCUGCUCUGACCCAGCUCCCCCGCCCCAGCUGGAUGGAAUCAGCCGGGAAACCAGAGGCUCUGGAAGACUCGGAGGUCGCGUGUGGAUCGGAGGUGCUGGAGGACGAUGAAGAUGAAGAGGAGACGCUGCCUCACUCCGAGGCCGUGGACGUGUUCCAGGAGGGUCUCGCCAUGGUGGUGCAGGACCCGCUGCUUUGCGACCUACCGAUCCAGGUUACUUUGGAAGAGGUGAACUCCCAGAUAGCACUAGAAUAUGGCCAAGCAAUGACAGUCCGAGUGUGCAAGAUGGAUGGAGAAGUAAUGCCUGUGGUCGUAGUGCAGAACGCCACGGUCCUGGACCUGAAGAAGGCCAUUCAGAGAUAUGUGCAACUCAAGCAGGAGCGUGAAGGGGGCAUUCAGCACAUCAGCUGGUCCUAUGUGUGGAGGACAUACCAUCUUACCUCUGCAGGAGAGAAGCUCACAGAGGACAGGAAAAAGCUCCGAGAUUACGGUAUCCGGAAUCGGGAUGAGGUGUCCUUCAUCAAAAAGCUGAGGCAAAAGUGAACCUCAGACAAAGACAACUUUAUUCACAGUGGUUGAGCUUUUCCCAGCAAGAUGGAUCCCUCCAGACAUUAUCUUCCUCAUAAAAAGGAUGUUGGGGUGACUACAUCCGCAGUGUGCCCAGUGGGAACUGUCAGCACGAAUCCUGGGUCCUUUAGGAAUAGGUCAGGGCGAGCCUCUGUUUCUGCUUUUCUGUGAACUUGACCUGACCUCUUCCUGGACUUAAAAACCCUGGUCACAGGGCUGGGGCCCUGGCCUUGUGUGCACAAUAAAGCUGUAUGCUUCAUAUUUUGAAGUUA